CAAUAACUCUCGGUCUAAGGGGGUCUCCGUAGCCACAUUGGUUGCGCGUUCGCUUGGUAAGCGAUCGAUCGUGAGUUCAAAACUCAGGGCCCUCAUUGACCAUCUUUGUGUUGUUACAGAAUAACUACGUCCACGCAACAAUCAUCAGCGAUGGAGAUCGAUCCACGGUCGAAAUAAGAUCCAUACAACUGCUCUGCUCUGCAAGACACAUCGGGCUGCUGUUCUAUAAAUAACUCAACAAUGAUCAAUCAACUGUCUCCGCUGUCCGGUCUAACUGGAUAAUGGAAGAACAGAAGGAAAACUCGCCUAAAUGGCUACUGCGUAAAUGUGUACCAUAUGCAAUGGUUAUAGAAGGGAAUACUCUAAACGCCGAAAAAUGUGUAAUGUGCUAAUUAUAGAUAUGAUAAACAUGUGACAUGUACACGAUUAAAAUUCGGCUCUGUUUCAGCUAAAAUGCUAAUGCGCCCAAAAUAAAUAAAAGGGAUAAAAAAAUAACUCUCGGUCUGUCAGACCUAUGCGCGAGUAUAGGAAGGUUAAAAACGUGUGCCUCGAGUGGAUAUUUCAUGUUUUAGAAAGAGAAUUAAAUGAGUCCAAACCAUAUCAAGAGAAUGUUGUGGCUAUCCGGCGACUCAUUUUUUGAGUUUUUGGCCAAAAAUCCGUUCACAAUGAUAACCUUGUGGAUAUGCCUAUCUUUAAAUCUGUUGUAUACUAUUAUAUAUGGGCGCGCGCGAUGGCCGAUUACUUCGAGGAGCUUGGGUGUGAACCGAUUGCGGCGGAUCAAACCGAGAGCCACCAACUGCUGCUGAUGGUUCGCUUCCUCCAGCAGAAUGGGUUCUUCGCCGAUGACUUCAGCGCGGACAGUUUGCCCCCGCCUGCCUCCAAAGAGGUCGUGAAAAAUCUCCCCGAGAAGGUGGUCACCCAAGAUGACGAGCGGUGCGCCAUUUGCAUCAAACCAAAUGAGGAUGUAAACGAGGCCUUCCUGGUGCUGCCCUGUAAGCAUGAUUUCCACAAGUCCUGCAUUAUGCCGUGGCUGGAGAAGACGAACAGUUGCCCACUGUGUAGACACGAGUUGAAAACGGACGACGAGAACUACGAGGAGCAGAAGAAGUUCCGUCAGAGAGCUGCCAGGAGAGAGCAGGAGAUUGAAGAGUUACAUAAUUCCAUGUACGGUUGAGAUGCUCGAUGGGUGAUUUCAAUAUUUGAUUUACAUAUAAAAUAUAAAUAAAAAUAAUCCCAACUUGGAACGCGGUUUAAAACGUGGUGAAGGUCCUUAAUGAAGGAUUCAGAAUUAAGUGAUUUACUAAAUAAAAUAAAAUCGCUCUUUGAA